AAAGUUCAGAAGUGCUUCGUCGGAGCAAAGGGAAAUUUAAAAUUUUCUUUCUGAAAUUGUUUAAAAUCACGUAAAAAAAUGGAGGGAAAAGGAGGUCGCACGUUGUGAGCCGUGACCAAACGGAAGUUUUUUGGUGACGGCUCGGUGUGACCGCAAGACCUUCACAACUACGUCCGACACUAAGCACGACCGGACUAUGAAAAAGAUGCAAAUGUUAUCGAGAACAGGACCGAACAACAGCUUGUCAUCUUUCUCUCUGACGAUGGUAUUUUAUUCGUAUUUUCUAAUGCUUCUCGGUUUUUACGCCGUGGAGUUGAACAGUUUUAAUAUUGAUACUCGAACAGCUAUAUUCUAUUCUCCUCCCAAUCGAGCCGAUGGAAUCUUUUUUGGGUUCUCGGUCGCACUUCAUUUACAUGGAAAUAAGACAUGGGUAUUAGUCGGAGCUCCACUUAGUGACGUUACGUCACCUAAUGGAACAAUACUGCCUCGUUAUGGUGCUAUCUUUAGAUGUGAUACCGCUGGCUCGAAAGAUUGUCAAGAUAUCAAUGUGGACAAUGAACCCGAAAGAAAGGAAUUUUACCCACGUGGUUCGCAAAAUGUUACUACCAUGGAGAUCAAAAGUGGACAGAUGUUGGGAGGAACACUUCAGAGUAAGAAUGGCAUAGUAGUGGCAUGCGCCCCUCGUUACACGGAGAAGAGAGACAUCGGGAAAAAUUGGCUUUCAAGUAUAAUGAAAGAACCGAACCUUCGGUAUUUCCUGGCCGGUGGAUGUCAUAUACUGCAAAGCAACCUUAGUAAAAUCCAACACCAGAGUUUUCUAAAACCUUGCGCAGACUCCUCGUUAUUUCGUGCAUAUUGUCAAGCUGGCUUCAGUGUAGAUAUGACUCAGAAUGCUAUAGUUAUGGGAAAAGUUGGAUGGAGUUUUUAUGAUGAUGGUUCAUCMCAAUGGUUAGGGGCAGGUGGCCUUGAGAAAUACUCUCUAGUGACAGACAAGUUCACAUCUUCACCAGAAACCCAACACGAAAAGUUUUCAUACUCUUACAUGGGUUAUGAUGUGGCCAGCGGUCAUUUUAGCCACCCUAAUAAAUCUGGCAUAGCUGGAGGUGCACCAAAAGGACAGAAUACCAAGGGCAAAGUUUUAAUCUAUGAUGACAUAGAAGAAAAUGAAACGAUGGUWUUCAAGUCAAAUCUAGAGUUGCCUGUUUCGGCCAAAAACCAGACAGGAACUUAUUUUGGCAGUACGAUAGGUGCUGUGGACCUUAAUAAUGACGGAUUGACAGAUCUGCUGGUUGGUGCACCUCUGUUUACAGACACCAAGGACGAAGGGCGCGUCUAUGYUUAUCUUAAUAAAAAGGGCAUACUGACACAUAUGCCAAGCAUGGUACUCCAAGGGGACAACAUGGAAGGAGCCAGRUUUGGCACAGCAAUUACAAACGUUGGCGAUCUGAAUAGAGAUGGUUACCAAGACGUGGUUAUAGGAGCACCCUACGAGGGACGAAAUAGCAGUGGUGCUGUCUACGUGUACUACGGCUCUAAGAAUGGAAUCGAAGCAAAAUAUAGACAGAAAAUCACAGCGUCAAUGAUCAACAGCAAGUUAAAAGGGUUUGGCUACUCGAUAUCUGGAGCUGUAGAUGUCGAUAUGAAUGCCUAUCCAGAUAUUGCAGUUGGUUCCUAUUGGUCUGACCAUGCUGUUCUUCUAAAGACUCGAAGAAUUGUGGAAGUAGAAACGAAAAUAAGGCUAAGUCGAACAACGAUCGUCCUCGAAAAURACGAAUUCAUGUGCGAUGAUGAACAAGCAUCAACAAGGAACAAAUGUUUGAAUGUUACRAUCUGCUUUCAAUUCAAAGACAGGGAAACCUCGAACAGACAAGAUUUAAAGAUCGCUUACACUCUAGAGGCUGAUGCCGACAUAAUUACGAUUCAGACAAGACGGAUGUAUUUUUAUCAUGGGGGAAAACCAAGCUUUAUUAUCAGUGGUGAAUUCACGAUACCAAAUCAAGGACGAAUGUACUGUUUAACACCGUAUACUGUACAUAUCAGUCACAAAUACCAGUUCCUUGACCUUCUAAAGUCUCUGACCUUUGAUCUGACCUUUUCUCUGGCGGACAAAUCCUGUUCAUUGGAUCCAGACGUUCCAUGCCCUGUACUGGACGCCUACCGACCUACCACAAUCAGAAAUGAUGAACUGACGAUUCAAAAGCAGUGCAAAGGACUAGUAUGUCAACCAGACCUUUCCGUCACUGGCCAUGUCAACCUUCCCGGCGGAUACAAAGUGCUUCGUGUCGGCAGYAGUGGUAUCCUAUCUAUAGUACUAGAUAUCCAGAAUACUGCACAAGAUGCUUCGUAUCAAACAACAGUUAUACUUUCAUUUCCUGAUGAUCUGAACUACAUUGGACCUACAGAAUCAAAAACAGUUCUGUGCAGUUCCAGCUAUGUCAAUGAAACAUCCACGGCUGUUUGUUAUAUUGGYAAUCCAUUCAAGGCUAAUGCUGAGAAAUCCUUGACUAUUGAGUUUUCAGCUGAAGRAGUUAAAACCAACUUUAACAUAACAGUUGUUGUUGAAAGCAAAAGUAAUGACACAAAUCUGCAGAACAACAAGAUUGUUUUACCAGUAUUUGCCAAGUAUCUCACUGAUUUACAGAUAACUGGUGUCAGCCAACCUAAUGAGGUCAUAUACCAUGGAAAAGCACUAGAUAAAGAGACAAUCAAAAGACAGUCUGACAUUGGGCCAUUAAUACACCAAACAAUACUAAUCGAAAACCAUGGCCCUAGUUUUGUAGAAGGCAUCACGGUAGACAUCCAAAUCCCACAACUAAAAACCAAAGAUGAUCCUGAAAGCGUAUUACUAUACCUACAAGAAGUAGAGUUGUCUGGUGGUCCAGGAAGAUGUAACGCAAUCACUAAUCCAUUAUCAUUACCUGCGCGUAAUACAACCAAUCAAGACCAACAAUKGAAACAAAAACGAGCUGCUUUGUCGAGUGCGCAAAGAAUGGAUUGCUUGUCAUCUGUCUGCUAUUCGUUCAACUGUGUUCUUGGAUUGAUCUCUGCGGGCAGCUCAUUACGCAUCAAGAUCACAGCGCGUCUCUGGCAAACCACCUUCAUACAAAACAACCUAGGGACAGUACGCCUUAUCACUAGGGCUGGUCUUACUGUACCAGCAGAGGUGAUGCAGACAAACACUACUAAUGAUCAUGUGAUGAUUGAACUGAUGGCUCGUCCUGGUAAAGUUGGCAGYACAAAUAAGGAAGACAUUGAGUGGUGGAUUGUUUUAGUAUCUGUUCUUUCUGGAAUAUUACUUCUGCUUCUCGCAAUGUUUAUGUUGUAUAAGUUUGGUUUCUUUAGUCGCACUCGACCAGACGAUGRAAAAGCCAGCACUGAAGAGACUAAGCCGAUGAAGGUCUAAAGUGGACGAACUAGAAAGARUAAUUAUUAGCAUUACACGAUGCAGUGAUAUUCAUAUAUACAUUGUCCUGGUCAAAUUGAAAACACCGACUCUAUCACGCACUGCCACUUAUCGAAGUCAGACAAUCACGUCAUUACUCGCGUGAACUAUACGUCAUAGCACUGCAAUCAGUUGGAAUAUUCACCGGCUUAGUGCAUAAGUCCAGAACAUGUGGUUGUAUAUAAUUGUUGUAUAUAUUGUUUCAACGGACAAAGAACGUGCAUUAUUUGUUAGCACGAUCUGGAGUAACAUAGCAAGAAGCGAAGCCAUGAUGGAUGGCGAUAUCUUAGACGAGAUCUAGAGAAAGAAUGAAUCUAAGUCUGGAACAAAAUCUAGGUGUCCCAAAACGAAGUCAGAGAGAAAUAUUAUCAAGAUCUGCGGGUACGAUGAGAUCCGCGAUACCGUAACAAGAUUAUUACUGAGUAGAUCUUGAGUUGGAGGAGGUUCAGCCCGGCAAACAGGAGAAAACAUAAGGGCCAAACAUUGGCGUAUCCAUUGACGGUUUAUUUCAACGUUCAUGCUUGGGGGGAGGGGAGGGAUAGGUGAAUGACUUGUUGAAGUUAAUGGGAAGUGGCUUAUCCUUGAUACGCCCAUGUAAUAAAAAAGAAUAACAAGAAAAUCAAGUAAUUAAGAGUACAAGCAAACAAACAGAAUGCGCAAAACACCCAAAUAUACAAGUUAGAAACUUUAAAAAGAGUAUUUAUAAUACCAAUCAUGUUGGAAGUAGAUUUUCACUUUGCAUCUGUUUUGCUGUUUUUUUUAAUGUCACGUGUCACGUUUUUGCGUAUGUUUAUUUUUUCGAGUCGUAUCCACAUUCGUUACUUCUCGCGGUGUGUGCAACCGUUAAAG